AUGGGUGACAAACCGUCGAUCAACGACAUACGCCGAGUCAUGGCCCAGUGUCCUGGUUGUUCCAAAGAUAUGGCCUCAACUUGCUUACAGCUUUGCGGAAAUGAUGUUGAUAAGGCUGUGGAGAAAUACAAGCGCGUUGAGAAAUUUCUUCCAGAAGAAGUGCCAUCUAAUGACGACAAUGAAGAUAAUGGCAGCAAUGACGACAACGAAGACAAUAACGACGAUGACGACAGAGUAAGUCAAGCAACAGAUACCAGCCCCGAUGAAACCGAAAUGCGAGCAACUAGCCAAACGGAUAGCGACGAGGAAGGUCCGUCGUGGAUACUCAAGCUCCCGAAGCUCCCAGUUUCUCAUGACUUCAUCAAUGAUGGGCCUCCCGAUCCGUCGAACUUUGAGCUUCAUAAACUUCUCGCGGCAAUCCAGGCUGGUCACUUUGAUGCCGAUAGGGUUCGGACCUAUCUUCAUUAUUUCAACAAGGAAACCUUGACCACGAACCUCAACACCGAAGUGAGGGGGUUUCCAGCUAUGUUUUAUAUCGUUUCGACUAACGACGUCGGUAUAAUCCGUCAAUGGAUCAAAUAUGGAGGGAAUCCCAACGCGACUUGGGGGCCCGAAGCUUUCCCCUUGGUUGCCUUCUCCAUUUUUCAUGGAGCGAAGACAAUGAAGAAAGCGUCAAGUACACUUGCGACGCUCCUGAGGUUUGACGCGAAUCCUCGCCUAAUACCAAAAGCAUUUUAUGAUCCUUACUGUGUAGAUCUGCCAGAGGGCGGACCCGCCGAAGAGAUCCUUCACGAUAUUAAUGAUGGUAAUAAGAGAUGGUGCACGGAAGAAGUGCGCGCCUACUUGGCUAAAGCAUUGAAUCUGAGUCAAAGGUAUUCCCUGUAUAGAUCCAGUAAACUCUCGCCACCCACCAAGCGUCAAAAGACGGUAUUGGAUCGACAGGAAGCCGAUGAGGUUCUAGGACUCCACCAGAUGAUAGUUGGCCAAUCGAUUGCGACGCGCUGGCUCCAAAGAAAGCUUCUCAUCUACUUAGCUCAGCAGAAGAGAAGACCGUUCAUAUUGGUUUUCGCUGGGCCAAGCGGUCAUGGCAAAACAGAACUUGCUCGAAGAUUCGGAGAGCUCAUGUCAUUGGAACUGGAAAGGGUGGACUGUACCAUUUUCAAACAAGACAAUGAAUUGUUCGGGCCACGUCCUCCAUAUUCUGGGCAUGAAGACGGCUCGCUUCUUAAUAACUUCUUAGCUCGGAAGUCGGGUGAGCGAUGUAUUGUGUUUAUGGAUGAGUUCGAGAAGACCAGCGAAGAGAUCCAUAAUACACUCUUGCUUCCGUUUCAAGAAGGGCGGUAUGAGGAUCGCCGUAAAGGAACGCUCGUCGAUUGCUCUAGGACGAUUUGGAUCCUCGCCACCAAUAAACUCGACGACAGCAUUCAUGCGUUCUGUAAAGCCAACGAACAGGUAUUAUUCUACUCAGAAGACGAGGACGUUCAAGAUAGGCUAGUCGGAGAGCUUUGCAGCCAGCUCCGCAAAGAGGUCAUCGGCCAAUUCGGGGCACCUUUAGCCGGUCGCAUAACGGAAAUUCUGCCAUUUCUCACCUUUUCGCCGCGAGAGGCGGCCGUCAUUGUUCAUAAGGGACUUAUGGAUAUGGAGGCUGAAGUGGAUCGGAAAGUGCGCCUCACUCUCAAUAAGGAAGAAGAUAUUUAUGUUGGCAACAUCAACAUUCGCGUUAACAAGGACGCGACGGUCUGCUCCACUAUCGCGCAAGAGGAAUAUGAUAGAAAAACUGGUGCACGUAGUAUCAAUCAAGGGUUAGAGAGGGUUGUCGAAGACCCGCUCAUCGAUAAAUACCUGAAGAUAGAUGAAGAACUUGAUGAGAAUCAGCCUGUUGCUCGGUUUGUUGUCGAUGUUAACGUCGAUAAGGACGUUGAGGUUAGGCUGGUACGCUGAAGAAGGGUCGC